CAUUUUGAUAUUUUCCCUGUUGUCAAUACGUAACUUCUCUCGAGUUUUCGUAGGGCUUUGUAGAUUGCAGAAGAUUGCACGUUUUCGUUGUAAGAACUUAAGCAAAAUGGAAAAGUUAGAAGGUUUUGAAUUUUGGAAAAAGACACUAAAGUCUGCAAAAUAUGUAGUAGCUCCAAUGGUUGACCAGAGUGAAUUGGCUUGGAGAAUGUUAAGUAGAAGGUAUGGAGCAGAAUUGUGUUAUACUCCUAUGCUCCAUUCUUUAGUGUUUUGCAGAGAUGCUAAUUACAGAGCUGAAUCCCUCCAAUCAUGCCCUGAAGAUAGACCAUUAAUUAUCCAGUUUUGUGCCAAUGAUCCUGAUGUUUUAUUGAAAGCAGGUUUGUUGGCUCAGGAUCACUGUGAUGCAAUUGACCUAAACCUAGGCUGUCCACAAGUCAUUGCUAAGCGUGGUCAUUAUGGGGCAUUUCUACAGGAUGAAUGGGACCUUAUAGAGAAAAUGGUAAAAGUCUGCCAUGAAAAUUUAAAAGUACCAAUAACUUGUAAAGUGAGAAUAUUUGAAAGUAUACAGAAGACUGUUUUAUAUGCACAGAUGUUAGAGAAAGCUGGAUGUCAACUGUUGACAGUCCAUGGUAGAACAAGAGAACAGAAAGGGUUAAAUACUGGAUUAGCAACUUGGGAACAUAUAAAGGCUGUCAGGGAGCAGUUAAAGAUACCUGUAUAUGCUAAUGGUAAUAUCCAGUACCUGCCAGAUGUGGACAGAUGUAUAAAGGACACUGGUGUUCAGGGUGUGAUGACUGCAGAGGGAAAUUUGCACAACCCUGCCUUAUUCCAAGGUAUAGAUCCACCAGUUUAUCAGAUGGGUGAAGAAUACCUUCAACUUGUAGAUAAAUAUCCAUGCCCUGUGUCUUAUGUCAGAGGUCAUCUGUUUAAGAUGUUCCAGCAUGCAUUACAGGUUCAUUUAGAUAUCAGGGAAAUGAUAGGAAGUGGUAAAUCUGUUGAAGGUUUCAAAACAGCUGUGUUGUUGUUGAAAGAAAGAUGCUUGGAAGACAUAAAAAAAUACAAUGAAAGAAAAGAAGAUUAUAGGUCUGAUCUACCUCACCCAUAUUGGAUCUGUCAGCCUUAUGUUAGACCUACACCUGAACAAGCAGAAGAGAAUCUAGCCAAGAAAGCUCCUACAAAGAGACAGAUACAUAUGGAAAACCCUCCACCCGAACUAGCAGGACUGUCCAAAAAUAAGUUAAAAAAAAUAUUAAGAAACCCACAUAAAAACUUUGAUAGAACUCCAGGGAGGGAGAAUUUGGAUAGAUGUGUAGAAUGCACAAAUCCAAGGGGUAAGCGAUGUGACUUCCAGUUAUGUAAGAGUUGCUGUAAGAAGAAAAUGAUGACAGAAACAUUAGACUGUAUAGGACAUAAUAUUUUAGUGAAAACUCGGAGAGAGAAAGAGAUGGAAAAUGAUCUUAAGGAAAAGGAAUUAAACAAUAUUGAAAAGUCUGCACAGGAAAGACUGUCUGAAAAUAAUGUUACAAACCAAAAAGGAGAUUGUGAUAAAUCAGAUUCUGAAAAGUGCUUGAAUAAUAUAUCCUUGGACUCAUUAUCAUGUAAACACACAGAAGAUAAAGAACAAGCAAUAGUCAACAUGACAUUAGAAGAUAGUGUGAAACAUUGUGGAGUUCAGUCAGCUGAUUCUACCAAUAAAUUGUGAUAUAGUUUUAUUGUCGCCUUGACAGAGUCAAAAAGCGAGACAUAGGUAUGCUGUUUCUGGCUUCGGCGACAGAGGCGAUGGCGUCAACAAUGUAUUAGUUUGUGAUAAGGUCUAGUUUAUGCCAUAUCAUGCAUAUGGUGAACCACAAGUGGUAGGUCAAUCAUAUUUGGUAUGCAGUUGUAUAAGCAUUGACAUAUCUCAUUUCCAUGAGAUAAUUUGGCUCCACCCCCUUAGUCAUGGUCUAUUGACUUUGAAAUUUGUUCAAAGUUAUCAGUCUUAGUUUGUUAUUAGGUCAUUUUAAGGGGAACCAUUAGUGGGAGUCCAAUGUUAAUAUGUAUUCUGUUGUAAAAGCAUUGGCACAUCUCAUUUCCAUGGAGAAUAUUUGGCCUCACCCCUCAGUCACAGUCUAAUGACUUUGAAGCUUAUCUUAGUUUACAUGUAUAAGUUUGUGAUUAUAUCACUUUAAGAUGAAUUGCUAAUAUAUAAAAAGAAGAUGUGGUAUGAUUGCCAAUGAUACAACUAUCCACAAAAGACCAAAAUGACACAGAUAUUAAAACGACUAUAGGUAACCAUACGGCCUUCAACAAUGAGCAAAGCCCAUACCUCAUAGUCAGCUAUAAAAGGCCCUGAUAAGACAAUGUAAAACAAUUCAAACGAGAAAACUAAUGGCCUUAUUUAUGUAAAAAAAAUAACUAAAAACAAAUAUGUAACACAUAAACAAACGACAACCAUUGAAUAACAGGCUCCUGACUUUGGACAGGCACAUACAUAAAUAAUGUGUUGAGGUUAAACAUGUUAGCGGGAUCCCAACCCUCCUGGGACAGUGGUAUAAGUUAAGUCAAUGAUAUUUGGUAUACAUAUUUAUUGGCAUCUGCAAGUAUCGUUUCCAUGUCGAUUAUUUAGCCCCACCACCCUUUUCAUGGUUCAUCGACUUUGAAACUUCUUCAUAGUUUACAGGUUAAUGUUUGCAUUUAGGUUUGGGAACAACUUAUAAUAAGUCAAUGGUAUUUGGUAUGCAGUUGUAUUUAAUAGCAUUGGCACAUCUCAUUAAUACAUGGAAAUUGUUGAGCCAUGUUACCUGGUUACUCAGUCAUGGUUCAUUGACUUUGAAUAUUUGCAUAACUUGUGUAAGAUGUUAAAGUAUUGCUAUUUUGAUUUCAACAUUUGCAUAAUCAAAAUUACAAAAUGGAGAGAUAUAUCUUUGUGAUAACAGUUUUUAUUAAAAUAUUUAUUGUUUUAUAUUAAUUUUUUAAACUAUUGAAUAAUUUUAACCUUUUAAUACCUCACAAGUUAUUAAAUCAACUUUUAUUAAAUUAUACUGAAAGAAAAGUCA